AUGACCCAGAAAUCUUCACCAUUGGUAUCGCCGCCGCUCCCAGCUACAGCUCGACCACGGAUUCGUGAGUUGGGCUACAGCCCCGGAAAGUUUGCGCCAGGACCCAAGAACUCAAUUCUUGACGUGCCAGGCGUACAAGUCGGCCAAGUCACCGUCAAUGAAGGUACCGAUAUCCAUACUGGAUUAACGGUCAUUUUGCCCCGUGGAAUAAAAGAAACCCGCCUGACCCCGUGCUAUGCGGCAACCCACGACCUCAAUGGGAUGGGUGAAUUGACCGGAACUCAUGCCCUCGCUGAAUAUGGAUACAUCAACACACCAAUCGCAAUUACCAACACUGUCAGCGUGGGCAAGGUUUACGACGGCCUUUUCCUAUGGCAAAUGGAACAAGCUCGUAAAGACGGGGAAGAUGACAUCGAAAGCCUACGACGUUUUUGCAUACCUGUUGUAGGAGAGACGUACGAUGGACUCCUAAACGAUAUCAGUGCCUCUGUUUUGGAUAAAGACUCUGUUUACGCUGCUCUCCAAGUUGCUCAAUCUCAAACAGAGGUCCAAGAAGGCAACUAUGGCGGUGGCACAGCUAUGCGAUGCCACGGGUAUAAGGGCGGAACUGGCACCAGCUCGAGAAUCGUUCCUGGUGCUGAUCGUGACUACACAGUUGGUGUCUUAGUCCAGGCUAAUCACGGCCAGAAACCCGAUCUGAGGAUUGGAAAUGUGCCAAUCGGCGAGUUACUGAUAGCUGAGGAAGCCAAAGCCAAAGAAAAGGCAGCGGAAGCGUCUAGCCAGCUACCCAUUGGCGGCAAGGCAGCAGAAGGAAGCAUCAUAGUAUUAAUCAUAACUGACGCUCCCUUACUGCCGCAUCAACUGCGCCGUCUCGCUCAGCAUGCCGGAAUGGGCAUCACUCAGGUAGGGGGUCAUUCUGCGGGACGAAACUUCUCUGGAGAGAUCUUCCUUGCGCUGUCGACAGGAACCUCGCCGAAUCAGCUUGCUACCGCAUCAGAUGGUAUGGGCUAUCUGCCUCCGCUGGAGAGUCAGCGUGUCGAAACUCUAAAGAACGAAACGAUUGACACUCUUUUCUACGUUGUAUCGGAGACAACUGAAGAAGCCAUUCUGAACGCCAUGUGCAAAGCCGAGACUAUGGCUGGUUUCAAAGGUAGGACGACAAAGGCUCUGCCAGUUGACCGAGUGAAGGAGCUCUUGGAGCAGUAUGGCGUUGGUCUGAGAAAAUAG